AUGUUGGAGUUUGCACGUCUGGAACGCGCUACCGACGUCAAGUUUGUCCCGCUGACGUACAAGUGUCAAGAGGUCGACACUCUUGUCGACAUUGGGGGCGGAACCGGCCAUGUUGCCGUUACCAUGGCCAAAACUUUCCCACAAUUGAACAUCAUCGUCGAAGAUCAGGCCAAGAGCAUUGCUGAGGCAAAGUCCACUGUGCCAGUGGAACUACAAGACAGAAUCCGGCUUGUGGAAAGCGACUUUUUCCAGCCGCGUCAUGUCGAAAACGCCGCUGUGUGUAAGACCAAGACCUUCUUCUUGCGUCCCAUUCUACAUAAUUGGUCUGAUGCCAACGCUAAGCGAGUUAUCGAGCCCUUGUUACCUAGCAUUCGGGAUGGUCCAAAGCUUCUCAUCAUGGAUAUGAUGGUACCUCCUCCGGGCACCGUCCCAGAAACCAUGGAAUUAUGGAUUCGCGGCCUGGAUAUGGAAAUUAUGAUUCAUAGCACUUGGUGUAGAAACAGAAAACAGUUCGGACACGGCAUCUCUAUACGAUGA